CCCCAGGAUGGCGUCUCCAUGAGAAGACUUUCCAAGCAGGGAGUCAGGAUCAGCAACAAGAAGCCCCGCAAGGCCAGCGGCACCAGCAGCAUGCUGUACGGCCGCUUCGUGAAGUCCGCCAUGCUCACGGCACGCGGGGAGGAGUCCACAAAGCCGCCUGCAGACUCGGAGAGCAGCGAGGAGGAGGAGAAGCUGGACCUCUCUUCGGCCAGGAGGCUGACAGAUGAGGAGCUGAUGCGGGUGUGCGGGGGCCGCACGGCGCACAAGGGUGCCCGUCAUGGCCUGACCAUGAGUGCCAAGCUGGCGCGCCUGGAGGAGCAGGAGCGAGCCUUCCUGGCCACGUACCGGCCCAAGGAGCGGCAGCCUGAGGCCCCAGAGAGCAGCCCCCCAGCAGAGAGGAAGGAGAAAAGAAAGAAGAAGAAGAAGAAGCAGGAGGAGAACACGGACAAAGAAGAGGCAGCUGAGACAGAAAAGAAAAAGAAGAAGCAGGAGGAGGAGGAGAACAAGGACAAAGAAGAGGCAGCUGAGACAGAAAAGAAAAAGAAGAAGAAGAAGAAGGACAAAGAGCUGGCUGAGACAGAGGUACCUCUAGAAGACACAAAUGGGCCAGACCAGGCUGGGCACAGCCCCAAGAAAAAGAGGAAGAAGAGGAGGCGAGAGGCAGAGUGA